GUUACGGUGGACUCUGCUGAAGGGACACCGCUUAAUCUUCGACCUUUCCCAACCCCACGGAGUCGAUUAGAAGCAAUGGUGUGGAACUUUCCAAUAAGCUGGCCUUACUGAUAUCAUCUAACGUUAUCAACAAGUUCGAAUAAGGUCGCUUAAGGGAAAAUUAUGGAGUGCUGCUGCCAACAUCACUAGUUUCGAUGGACUCUGCUGAAGGGGCACCGCUUAAUCUUCGAGCUUUCCUGGAUCAAGGGUCACAAGCCUCGUUCAUCACGGAAAAUUCUGUACAGUUAUUGGGUCUUCAACGAAGGAAGGUCCAUAUCAAAGUAAACGGCUUGGCAAGAGUCACAGAGACGUCGGCUGAGAUGAAUUUGAAGACUCCGGCUCAAACUAUUCGGACAACAAAUCUGAAAGUGGAUCUGAUGACGAGUUUCUCCAAAGCUUUAAAAACAACGAAAGAAAGAGAUCGUCUUUUAAAAAAAUUCAACGAAAACCCUGGCCUGCUGAUGAAGUUAACGCCUUGACUAUCGAGUUUGGCAAACCAGCUCUAAUUUCAAAGUUACCUUCGCUUAAAAAAUGCAUUAAGGUAAUCAACAGGACUCCCCAUCUUAAAGAUAGAACACCCCAGCAAGUCAAGUCUUGGAUUGACAACCAAAUAAAAGCUGAAGGGCGCAAGCCGGAAUCUUAUCUUAAAAAGAGUAAAUAUUAAAUAGAAACAUUAAAUUACAUUGUA